ACUAUAGAUACCUAUUAUUUAAAGUAUUUCAUUCGCGAAAAUGAUUUGAAAAUCUAUAAUCCAAACUCUUCCGCAUGGGAUGCUCUUGGUGAAUUGUCUGCAAAUUCGCCAAUGCCUUGGAACCGACAGCAAAUGAUGGCAAAUGGAUUUCUAAGAAUGGCAGAAUGCCAUGAAAUUCUUGGAGAUGAUGACUCUCGUGUCAAUAAAUAUUUUAAUAUUAUACAAGUUUCUAUUGAUUGGAUGGUCAGUAAAUUUAUUCCAGUUAAGACUAAGAAUGGCCUGGACGCAUAUCGUUGGUCUUUACACGUUGAUGUUAGCUCCACAGAAGUUGUUGGUAUUCACGCGCUUUAUGAUAUUUGGGGCAUGUAUCGGGCAUGGCAACGAAAAGAUAGAUUAAAUAUUAGCAUGGAUACUAUGGUUAAGCUUGCUAACACAAUGAUGUAUAUAAUAAAUAUUGAUAAUCAUACAGUUGCAACAAGAGUAGAUGGUACAUACGAUAAUACAACCACUGCUUACUUAUACGGACCUUGGGCAUUCUACGCUGAAUUUAUUCCUGAAUGGUAUAACUUUGUAUUUCGUAUAAAUAAGAAGCCUAUAAAAACUUACCCAGCGUAUAUAGGCGCAUUACUUUGG